UCCCGCGUGCCUUCGCGUCGCAUUUUCACUCCAACUGGCAAUACGAGUGCCGCGGACGGUUCGAUGUGCACAAUCGUGUGACUAACGCCUCCGUUUCUCGAGCGCACGCUUCGAGAUACGUGAAGCGGACCGCGCUGAAUCGCCGUCUAGCGUCCGCGCUCGCUUCCUCCGACGUGAAUUCCGUAGAGGAAAGCCGCGAGUUUGUGUGGCGCGCGUGUGUGUGUGCCGAGUGUUUAUCGCUAAAAAAGAUGUGAAUUUACGCGUUUACUCGAGACAAAUCGCGCGAGCGAUAUUAAAGUGAUGCUCGCGUCGCGUCGGUGACUCGACUCGCGUAGUACCGCGCAGUAGCGCCGGGGUUGCCGGUUACCGGCGCCAUGUUGCUUCGUUCGAGAAGGAUCGCGGAGCGCCGCGGACACGCAGCGGGCCGGUCUCCCGCGCCGACGGUCGUCGCUACGGCAUUUCGCGACGGUGGUGAGUAACGCUAGUCAGGUUGAGCAAUCGCGGCGCAUAUUAUUUGACAGCCGCGCGUCGGCGAUCUACCGAGACGCGUGAAUCUCGCGAGAUACGCCGGCCGGGAUCGCGGCGACGCCGCGGGUAUCCGAGCUUCGGUUUCACCUCGCGUCUCCUCGCACGCGUGGAAAUACCCGGCUUUUCCACGCGUCACGCGCGGCGAGAGAAAUGCUCGUGCGAGAUCGCCCCGUCGAUCGCGAGAGACGCGUCAAGCCUCGCGUGCUUCCCUGUCCCCGCGCCGGAACGUUCCCGCCGUUUCACGUGACGCCAUCGUGGCGGCUCGCGUUUCCGCGUCCGAUCGUCCCGGUCAGAAGUGAAUCGUCGAUCGACAAAUUACUUCUCGCCGAGAAUGGCAUAGUGCUCGCGCCGAUUAAUACCGGGAGUGCCGUGUCGCGAGUGCCAGUGCUAAUUGGAGGAGUCUGAGAGGAGGCGGCGGCCUGGAAGGCAUCGGGCGCCAGCGGAGCAACUUUAAGAAUCAACAGAUAACUCCGCUCCUACGUAUCGCAUAAAACUAAUGAAAGGGAAGAUGUUUUGGGCCUAAAGAGUUGUGCAAUGAUGGGUCUGCAGGCGACGGCAGGAAAACGCAAAUUAGAGGGUGGUGUCGGCUGCAUGGAAUUCCACAUGGAUUUAGGCGAGAGUCCGUCGAAGCUCGGACGCGUGGACGGUAGCUGGUGGGCAAUGGACGACAGUUACGGGCCACCCCUGAAUCAGACAUCGACGUCGUAUUAUGAGAUGGAGGUGAGCUCGCCCUGUCUACAGACGACGAACCCGUGCCAGUCUACGACGACGAGUUCCUCGCAAUCGCAGCAACAGCAGCAGCAGCAAUCCCAGCAACACCCAUCGCAGCACCAUCCAUCUUCCCAAUCGUCGCAACAAACACAGCAGCAGCAACAAUCACAGCAGCAGCAGCAGCAGCAACAACAGCAGCAGCAGCAACAGCAACAACAACAAUCGUCGGCGUCACCCUCGACGUCGGCCUCGUCCACAGUGACCCAGUUGCAUCACCACGCGCAACAUUAUUAUCACCAUCAACGCGCCGCCGUCAGUCCUAUCGGCAGCAACGGUUAUAGCCAGCUGUCGAGAUCUCAGCCGCAAUGGGGCGCCCUUCAUCAUUACGAACCGCCAACGAUACGUCGCGAGGAAAACGGCAAGAGCUACCUGGAGCUCGGCUCAAGUUACCGGGCGAACGAGCGGUGUUGCGAAGGUUCCAAGUCUAGCUGGUGUCGACGCGGCCGGGCCUGCUAUCGGCAACGACGGCUCGCCGUGCUCAACAUCUCUAUGUGCAAACUCGCCAGGUAUCGCCAAUUCCCGGAUCCGAGCCUCCACCGAUCGGUAUUGAUUUGCAACACCUUAAGACACCUAGAACGUGAGAUGGAGAGAGACAGGAGUCCGCCACCUAUGGAGCCGGUCGUACCGGCGCCGAUCGCUCAACUGCAACCUCCCGAGCAGGGCAGGUUAACGCCUUUCCCUGUGCCGCCGACGUCGUCGGGCGAAACCGAUGUCGAUUCCGGCAUCGGUGACAGUGACGACAGCCGCUCGAUCAAUUGGGGUAGCGUACUAUCUCUGUCGAGCCAAUCGCCGCUCGAUCCGCUCAACAACAACGAAUUACUAGAUGUGGACAUUGGGCCCGAUCUUGACCUGGACUUUAUGCCCGGGUGGAAGCUGACGCCUGUUUCGACAGACGACAUCCUGAGAAGUACAACGACAACCCAGGAACAGCACCAUCAUCACCACCAUCAUCAUCACCACCAUCAUCAUCAGCAUCAUCAUCACCAACAGCAGCAGCAACAGCAGCAGCAGCAACAACAACACCUGAUGUCGGGAAGCAGUUGCGGCAGCAGCUGCGGCAAUAGCAACGUUAUCGGAAAUGCCGGCGUCAGCAAUGUUGGUAGCAGCAGUAGUACGCACGAGUCGUUGAUGUGCGUAGGAUCAUAGCCCUCGACUUUGACGUCGUUGAGUCAUCUCAUCGAUUUCUAUCCCCUGACGCCGCAGGGCAAGUAAAUCCGCGGCUAUAGCGGUCCGAUGCGGCCCGUGAGUUCUGCGAAGGCGCGCGAGUGAGAAGCGGUGGUGAACACGGAUCUCUCGCCUACCCUCUGGAGCGUUCGAUAUCCGGCCAGCGACUCUCGAGGAGCCUUUAUCUUUCGAUUUCGCGUUAAUUUAUUGUCGUGUCAAUUACACGUGUACUCGUACACACUGAUACAUACAUACAUACAUGCAUAGAAACGGACACGUACACCGAUGCCGAUACAAUCUUCUGUGACACUUUUGUUCUUCCUCCGCUCUUUUUACCACCGCUGCUACUACUACUACUACUACUACUGCUACUACCACCAUCAUCAUCCUCGAUACCAUUACUGAUCCUAUCAUUACCAUUACUUCUCUUACUAUCCCUCCUGCGACUAUUACCACUAUCGUUAUCGUUACUUCUACUACUAUCGCUACUAUUGCUAGUAAUACUAUAUUACUACUUUUACUAAUACUAUUACUACUACUACUACUACUACUAUUAUUACUAUCGCUAAUCAACGUGUCUCCCAAUGUAUCUGCUCCCCGAGGGACGGACGCGUCAUGACACGCGGCAUCCGCAGGUGCAGUCAAAAUAGAGCGCUCUGAGGGUUUAACGAACGACUUAAAAACAGAGAGGGAGAAGACGAGAGGACAUGAGGGAAGGGUUGAGACAAGGGAAAGAAAGUCUUUACUGUCCGUGUGUCGACAGGUGCUGCUACUCGCGAUGAUCUGGUGUCCUGACAAAUAAGACGACAAAUUUUGUAUUGAGCUACCGCGUACAAGAUCAUGGAGACGCGUGUACCAUCUCCACGUGGAAUUUCGAGACCAGGUACAAGCGCAAUUUACAUAUGCCUCGACAGAAUUUGUCUCAAGAUUUGAGAGAGAAUUAUCGAUAAUCAUCAAUCCUCCAAUGGCGCGUAACAACGAUCCAAUAUACGGAAUUGUAUGGGAGGCAGUGUCCCUGCAGUUGUAUCUGCCAACUCGAUGAUCCACGUUGCGAAUCUUCGGAAAAGUGAUUAAGAUGUACAAGAGAGUGCGCACAGAGAUUUGAGAAGACAGAGAGGUGUCGGUUACGCCGAGUACGAGGAGGCUUCCUCUUCGAGGCUGGAAAAACCCACGAGAACGUUGCGAUUCAAGUCUUCCGGCCUGGGAAGCUUAUGGCUCCCUCGCCGUUCUCGUUCAUGAGUCGCAGCCUCAUAUUGUCCGAGGGAUUUUCUUCGUGGAAUGGCGUGCGGGGUCUCUGGAAGGAACAAUCGAUGAUAAUCACCAACGAUAUACACUAUCCAUACAUAUAUAUAUAUUAUAUAUAUAUGUACGCGGACACACAUCCACACGCAUUCAACAUAUACAUACGCGCGCGCGUAUAUACAGACAGACUGAUAGUAUAUAUACGACUGCCGUGGCCUAUAUUACACGAAGAGACACGUGCGAGUGUGAGUGCACGCAAGUCGUACGGUGCUACAGGGCGGCUGCAUCCUAGUGUUUCUAUUCUCUGACACACGCGCGCGCGCAUACACCCACACACAUGUACAUACACGAACAUACAUCAAGCCGAAGACGUUCCGAAUUCGCACGGAUUGCUCGAAGCGUCCGUCACUCGGGGUCGUCAUGACGCGUGGUUCUGCCGUCGUAAGCGUGAUACGAUGUAAGUCGAAGAUGUCGGCGUCUCGAACUCGAGACACCUUCGGCACCACUACCAGUCGCGCGGCCUAGCGAUAGAUUCUGCUUGUUCGACUAGACUCACCCGGCGUGCCACGGGUAUUCAGAAAAGCCAAGUCUGUUAAAAAGCUAAUCGGAUCCGAUCUACAUAAUGCUCUUAAAAUGAAGAUACUUGGCUGUACAUCAUUUUUGUAUGUCGCUGAUACAUUGAAAGAUGUGCAAUUACUGAAACGUUUAUCACAUUCAAAAUAGAAUCGUUAUUUAUGAAGAUUUGUGAAACAAAUUAUUGAACAGGUUGAAUCGGGUUGGUGCAAUUGUGUCUCGAUUACUGAUGUACUGUGAGAAAGUGAGAAAACAAUGAGAGAAAGAGAGAAAGAAAGGGUUGAAAUAUUUGUGUUAGAACUGCGAGACAUAAUCGAGCUAGAUAUUAAAAUACGCGUUUAACCCAGUGAGUGCAUUCGUUUGAAAACGUUGCGAUCAGAACAAAAGUUAUUUUUAUACAGUAGUUAUGCAAGAUAUGAUCUCAUAAAUGAUCUUUGUCUACCUUGAUUUUUUAUAUUCUAGGAUACAAACACGUGCGAACAUACGUAUGUGCGUGUAUAAAGUGUAGACGCAGAUAUACAGUUGUUAUUUUAAUUUUUCAAAGCGGCACGUAUUUUUUAACGCAGACACUCACUGAUUAAUAACAGCAAUCUGUGCAACUGAUUAUUUUUUUAAUGAGUAGCAGUAUUUAUCUAGAAUUCUUUUGGUGCUUCUUACCACCGCGAUUCAGCGGAGAAAUGUAUGACACGAUUGUCUCAAUCGCAAAGUCUAAUCGCAAGUUGAAAUGUAAAAAUUAAACAAGCAAGGUAGUCUAUUAGCUUACAAAGUCCAUUAAGGGGGUUCGAGCAUUUGACCAAAUAAAAGAUAAAUCUAUAAUAUAUACAUGAUGCAAAAGAUAAUCAAACUAUGUAUAACAGAAAUUUGAAUAAUUCUUACAGUAUCGUUUACUAAAUAUUUAAUUAUAAAGUAGUAGUAUGCAAGCACGUAUAACUGUAUCAUUUUCAAAUUUCUUGUCAUUUAACAUAUUUGUAUGUAAGACAAAUUAAAAAAAAACUGUCGCAAUAGUAAAGUAAAUAUUGAAGAAUAUUUUAGUGGAAACACUUACAUAAAUUUAUCGUCGCGUUCGAGAGAAAUUUAGAUUUUUCGGCGAAACAAUCGGUGAAACCGAGAAGAAAACGAUGACACACAAUUGGAAAUAUGUUAUCUGUUGGUAUUUGCAUCAAAUAUUAAAACUUUUAUUUUGCUAUUUUUUAAUAUUUGACAACUUUUAAAAUAUAACUGAUUACAUAUUAUGACAUUUACGAAUAUAAUCUUACUAAUAUUAUUGCGAAAUUAUUUUUUCAGUCGUUGAAUACAAUUUUAUUAAUAACAUGUUUGUUGAUUAGAAAGUAGCGCUCGAACCUCCUUUAAGUUUCAACGCAACGCAUUACUCCUAAAAUGCAUGAUGUGGACCGGUAUAACUCGAUUUUAUCAAUUUCGUAUUCAUUAUUUUAUUAGAAUGACCAUCGAGCUUCCCACGAAUAAAGAAAUACAAAAAUAUUUAAAUAUCUUACCAAAGAAAAAAAAACAGUGGAGGAAAUGCUAAAAAUCAUUCAAUGAAAUUUAUCGCAUUGAAUUAUAGCGAGAUUAAAGAGAUUUUCCACAGAUCUCGGAAUUAUUUGUUUAGUCAUAUCGGAAAAAAGAAUUAUCGAAAAA